UCCACCUCCACAGCCCCGGAGCCAAGGCCAAGCCGCCGCUACAUGGCCGACCGAGGAGAGGCUGCCGUUGUCCCUGGAGACCGCGACCGUCUCCGGAACCUCUUCCUCGACGCCGCGCGUGUGCUCAUGCUGUACGGCACGGCCGUGGCCGUCGCAACCCUGGGGAGCCCCGGCGCCACCGCCACGCAGGCCUUCGUCGGGCUCCUCCUCUGGCUGCUUGGAGUGUGCUUCCUGGCUCUCGUGCCCGCGGUAGGUCGGUUCCCACGAGUCGCAUUAGUCCCCGCCGCCAUGGCCAACGCCGUCCUGAAGCACUCGUUCACUCUGUGGAACUAGCUCGACCUUGCAGAUGGUGCUGCCGGUACGCUUUGGUGUUCUUUUGCUAGUCAAUAAGU